GGAGCGGCCUCCAGCUAGGCUGCUCCGGCACACGCCGUCUCGUUCUCGUCCACGCGGCGCGCACGGCUCCGGGCUACCGCCGACGGCGGCGCGCACCUGCUCUCGGGCCCCCCACGCGCGGCGGCGGCGGCGGCGGCGGCGGGGACGCAGCGCGCAGGCGCAGCCGAAUUCCGGGCAGUGACGCGACGGCGGGCGCGCGCGGCGCAUUUCCGCCUCUGGCGAAUGGCUCUGCUGUAGCGCGCCGUGGGCUCAGCUGCGACCCCGGCCCCGCCCCCGGGACCCUGGCCAUGGACGACCUGUUCCCCCUCAUCUUCCCCUCUGAGCCAGCCCAGGCUUCUGGCCCCUACGUGGAGAUCAUUGAGCAGCCCAAGCAGCGGGGCAUGCGCUUCCGCUACAAGUGUGAGGGUCGCUCAGCAGGCAGUAUUCCAGGCGAGAGGAGCACAGAUACUACCAAGACGCACCCCACCAUCAAGAUCAAUGGCUACACAGGACCAGGAACAGUUCGCAUCUCCCUGGUCACCAAGGACCCACCUCACCGGCCACACCCCCAUGAGCUUGUAGGGAAGGACUGCAGGGAUGGCUUCUAUGAGGCUGACCUCUGCCCAGACCGCUGCAUCCACAGCUUCCAGAACCUGGGGAUCCAGUGUGUGAAGAAGCGGGACCUGGAACAAGCCAUCAGCCAGCGCAUCCAGACCAACAACAACCCCUUUCAAGUUCCCAUAGAAGAGCAGCGUGGGGACUAUGACCUGAAUGCAGUGCGGCUCUGCUUCCAGGUGACAAUACGUGACCCAUCAGGCAGGCCCCUCCGCCUGCCACCUGUCCUCUCUCAUCCUAUCUUUGAUAACCGUGCCCCCAAUACUGCUGAGCUCAAGAUCUGCAGAGUGAACCGAAACUCUGGGAGCUGCCUGGGUGGUGAUGAGAUUUUCCUGCUGUGUGACAAGGUGCAGAAAGAGGACAUCGAGGUGUAUUUCACGGGCCCGGGCUGGGAGGCCCGAGGUUCCUUUUCUCAAGCUGAUGUGCACCGGCAAGUUGCCAUUGUGUUCCGGACUCCUCCUUAUGCAGACCCCAGCCUGCAGGCUCCAGUGAGGGUCUCCAUGCAGCUGCGGAGGCCUUCUGAUCGGGAGCUCAGUGAGCCCAUGGAGUUCCAGUACCUACCAGACACAGAUGAUCGCCACCGGAUUGAGGAGAAACGCAAAAGGACAUAUGAGACCUUCAAGAGCAUCAUGAAGAAGAGUCCUUUCAAUGGACCUACUGACCCCCGGCCUCCACCCCGGCGCAUUGCUGUGCCUUCCCGAAGUUCAGCUUCUGUCCCCAAGCCAGCCCCCCAGUCCUAUGCCUUUGCACCAUCCCUCAGCACCAUCAACUUUGAUGAGUUUCCUCCCAUGGUGCUGCCUUCUGGGCAGAUCUCAAACCAACCCUCAGCCUUGGCACCAGCCCCUGCUCCAGUCCUCACCCAAACCUUGGUCUCUUCCCAAGCUAUGGUAUCAGCUCUGGCCCAGCCCCAAGCAUCUGUCUCAGUUCUAGCUCCCAGCCCUCCCCAGACCCAAGCCAUGCCUCCACCUGUCCCAAAGACUACCCAGGCUGGGGAAGGCAUACUGUCAGAGGCCCUGCUGCAACUGCAGUUUGAUGCUGAUGAAGACCUGGGGGCCUUGCUUGGCAACAGCACAGACCCAGGUGGGUUCACGGACCUGGCAUCUGUCGACAACUCGGAGUUUCAGCAGCUGCUGAACCAGGGUAUAUCCAUGUCCCACCCCACAGCUGAACCCAUGCUUAUGGAGUACCCUGAAGCUAUAACUCGCCUGGUAACAGGGUCCCAGAGGCCCCCUGACCCAGCCCCCACACCCCUGGGGACCUCGGGGCUCCCCAAUGGUCUCUCAGGAGAUGAAGAUUUCUCCUCCAUUGCGGACAUGGACUUCUCAGCUCUUCUGAGCCAGAUCAGCUCCUAAGGGGCUGGGCCUGGCCCUGCCCAAAGCACCAGCUUGCAGGGGAGUGAAGUACUCUCCAAAGCACUAUGGAUCCUGGGGAGUGUGCUCCAGCUUCUUUGGGCGAUGUCUUCUGGGUGGCACAUUUAUCCUGUUAUUGGCAGUAUCUCUCUCUCUUUCUGGAGGUGCUUAAGCAGAAGCAUUAACUUCUCUGGAAAUGGCACUGGGAGGACUCAGACCCUUCCCUUCUGUAGAUGGUCAGCUCCCUUCCCUGUAGGAAACUCUGGGGGGCCCUUCAUAUCCUCCAGUUUUCUGCACUUUCCAAGACAGAGGGGCAGUCUGGAGCUGUGGCCUUUAAGGCUAUAAGGCCUUACUAUCAAGUGUCUUCUCAUAUUGUGGAUUUAUCUACAUCUUCAUCCAUAAUAAUGCUCCUAUUAGCAGUCCCUAUGUAUUUGCUGCCUGACAAACCAGCACUUGAGGGCCUGCCUUCCUGCCCUGAAGAGCCAACUCUUACCAAUGCUGAGUUGUGGCUUGACAGGAACUGGUGGGACAAAACUGGCCCUCUUUAUGGUUCUGAGGGAGUUGGCUCUCCCUUUUCUCAAGUGCCUUACAAACAGGGCAAGUUAUUUGAGAGUGGAGGAGGGCACCCUGGAAGUUCUGCAGCCAAAAGGCAGUUUUUGCUGAGAAAUUAAAGCAGUUGGACUUUUGCUCUUUCUACUCUUAACUAAUAAAUGUGUUACCGCA